GCUCGUGGUCGCAAGGCCCAGAAGGUCACCCAGAAGUAUGUCAUCAACGCUUCCCAGCCCGUGAGCGACAAGAUCUUCGACCUCUCUGCUUUCGAGAAGUUCCUCCACGACCGCAUCAAGGUUGAGGGCCGUGUCGGCAACCUCGGCGACAAGGUCGUCAUCUCCCAGGCUGGCGAGGGCAAGAUCGAGGUUGUUGCCCACAUCCCCUUCUCUGGCCGCUACCUCAAGUACCUCACCAAGAAGUACCUCAAGAAGCAGCAGCUCCGUGACUGGCUCCGCGUCGUCUCCACCUCCAAGGGUGUCUACGAGCUCCGCUUCUACAACGUCGUCAACGACGAGGGUGAGGAGGAUGAGGAGUAA